AUUUUUUUUGAUUCUAAAAACAUAAAAUAUGUCUCAACGCGGUUACAACUAUAUUGGUCCUGAAGUUGCCUCUGCCGGUAUUGCUCAGACCAAACCAACCACGAUACUAGCAGGAGGUGGUCAAGGUGGUUUUUCUGCAAAUGCACCGUCAGUUGGAUAUCCAAUAACUCAAACCGGCAAUGAAAAUUCACCAUAUGUUGGCGGUUUUGUUGGACAACCACAAACACAACUAACGCAGCGCACAAGUGCCAUCGGUGCCGGUAAUUUUCCUACUGUGCUGCCAACUGCAACUGGAAGUGUUUUUCGUACUGGAAAUGCUAAUGUACAAAGACCGGCUGGUGCCGUUUUCGGUGGUACACGGCAAUUUGCUGGUGCUGGUACCGGUGUUGGUGAAAAUACUGGUGUAGGAAUAGAUGAAUCAGAAGGUGACUAUUCUGCUAUACCAGGUUUACCUGGAGUAGACUAUCCCAUUUAUAGCGUCGUACCGCCCACAACAUUCGAUUGUCUACAACAACCAUUACCGGGAUAUUACGCUGAUGUUGAAGCACAAUGUCAAGCAUGGCAUAUUUGCGCACUCAAUCGCACUUAUUCUUUUCUUUGCCCAAAUGGCACGGUUUUUAGUCAAGAAACUUUGGUAUGUGUAUGGUGGAAUCAGUUCGAUUGCAGUAUUGCUCCAAGUCUUUAUGGAAAUAAUGCGUAUAUAUAUGACUAUGGCAAUGAACGUGCGACAGCUCAAACUCCACAAAUCGGUGCAGCUUUCCGUCAGCCUACAAGCUUUGUUAAUCCAAAUACUGUACGCCCACCAGCACAAGGUUCUAAUAUCUUUACUAGUGGUGGAUUGCGCACAACUAUUACUGGUGGUAAUACUUUUGCUAAUACACCAAUGGGUCUACAAGCGGGUUUUGCAUCAAACGUUCCUGUAAUUAGUAAUACAGCUUCAGCAGCACGUUUUCAACCAGUUAAUGCUGUAACUGCAGUUCCAACAUAUCCCACGGCGGCAGCAGCAGCAGGAGCUGGCGUUACUCCUGCAACGUUUGGUGCUGUCAUUAAUCGUCCUUCUGGUGCCAAUGCUGGUGCAGCAACAGUUGCUCGACAAGGAAGACCGGGAACUACGGCUAACCGUGAAUAUUUACCACCAAGUAGACGUUAGAACGAUUUUACUCCAAUUUUUUUUGAUUUUUAGUACUAAUGUACUAAAAAAUGGCACACGUUUAUGAUGUUCCUUUUAAAACAUGAAUAAAUCUUAAAAAGUGUACAGAUGAAAUGAUAAUUUCAAUUCUGUUUCCACUUUAUGUACUAUAUUAGGUUUAUAGUAUAUUUUUAAUUUCAUAAUAUGCUUUACUACUUCAUUUCAUCCACUCUAUGUAAAACAAGGCAUGCCUUUAUGUAUCUUAAUCUUUUCUUC